AUGCUCCAUUGUCAUUUCAGUAGUUAUUUGCAUAUUCUUACACAACAAUCGGCACUCAAGAAUCCACGAUAUAGGCAAAGGAUAGAUUGAUUUUGCACUCAGUUCAAAGUCCGAUAUGUUGGAAAAGAUAAAACAUUAAAAAGUGUCCCGUGAGCGCAAACUUAUUUGUACAGUACACUCGGAUCCGAACGUACAUAUGUAGUAUUAUAUGUACAAUAUAUACAAUAUGUACAACUCGUCUCUGGUCACCCACUUCCACUCGGGGUUUUCGACUUGCAUUGCUCGCCAAAGUUUUUCUAUCCAGCUGUCCACGAGAGGGCAAUGAAGAACGCACGAACACGAGCGAGGAGCAAACGAGUGAGCGAUCAGAAGUGAGCAAGAGCACGAAUGUGUAUGAGUGUAUGCCCUGUUACCAUGGGGUGAAGGAGACAAAGAGCCCUCAGUCUAGAGCUCAGUCCAAUUGCAGUCCCUUGUACACACUCACUGAGGUUGUGCGAGGGUAAGGGGUAGGAAGGGGUACGGAUUGUGAGGAUUACUUUUGACAGAAGCGCACACAUCACGUCUCAAGAGUGUUUUCGGUUGUGAUUUCUUGGAUUCUUGGAUCCAAGGAAAUGUGAUUAAGACCGAGGGGAGGCUUCUCUCAACAGGUCAUUGUGCUUUCCUCAGACACAAAGCCUGUGUUUCCUGCCCUUUGUCGUCUUGUUUUGAAAGCUUGAUACUUUAGUCCUCCUGACAGUCGGAUUUGGGGAUCGAGAUCAUGAGAAUAUGGAGUGUUGUACUUGAAAGAGAAACACUUGUUUGAUUUGCCCAUGCGGAUUGAAGAGAACCUGUUUUUUUGGCAUGGUGUUAGCUGAUGUCCCUCGUUAUAUCCUGUGAUCUGUGCACUACUCAAAUCGUGGGUUUCAUGUGCUUCAUUGAGACCAGAGGAACGUUCUCGUCUAAGGUGGCGGUUCCAAGAACACUGGAAUUACAACGUUCCAGUGCGCAAAGAUAGGCCUACUUUGCACUGUCGUGUUUGAGCGGAUUACAAUCGAGCUUGUUCAAUUGCGCACUCUAUUGUUGAUAGACGUUUGCUUGGGAAUAGUCCGCUUUCCUCGACAGUCGCCAAGCAAGCGUGUGGUCCUUCGAUUUUUGACGAAUCAGUACAAAAUCAAUGAAAAUGGGUAACAAGGACCUUAAGCUCCAGCAGCAGGAGAGGCAGCUCCUCCAACCCAAGAAGCUUAAGUUCAACCGAAUGAACACGGACAUUGAGAAACUCAAGACCAAGGACAUUGAGCCCGAGAUAAUGGAACAUUUGGAUCCAGAGGCCAAUCUCCAACCAGUCAUAACUGAAUAUGCGUCCCAUCCCCAACGGUGGUGGCUCUUGAUAACUGUGAUUCUACUCAAUUUAGCCAAUUACAGCCAUUGGGUGGCGUUCCCGUCGGUGACGAAAAUGGCGGCAAAAUAUUACGACCAGGCAGGAGAGACCAUGGACCUCAUUCCCACCAUCUCAUAUGGGCUUGGUGUGCCAUGUUGUCUUCUGGCUACCUAUGUGGUAGAAAACAUUGGUCUGAAGGUUGGCCUUCACAUCGGGGGACUUCUCACGGGUCUGGGCGGAGCUUUGUGCUGCCUGAGCAGCUUUCCGUACCUGGCUGAUGAUAUUCCAGACAACACUAAAUUCAUAUUGGCCUUGAUUGGUCAGGCAAUGACGGGCAUCGCUUGUCCCUUUAUCUCAUGCGUACCCACCAAGAUCAGUCAGCAUUGGUUCAGCGACAAUCAGAGGACCAUGGCCACCAUUUUGAUCGGCAUGUCCAAUCCGAUGGGACUUGUCCUGGGCCAAGCCAUUACCCCGUUUAUUGUCAGAGCACCAAGUGAUAUUCCCACCAUGAAUAUCGUGUGGUUUAUCCCUGCAGCCUUGGGCACAAUCUUAACUCUGUGGAAGGUGACCUCGGACCGGCCUCCAAGCCCACCAAGUCCAAGUGCCGCCAUGCAGACCAUCCAGCCCAAGAAUUAUUUGCACAGCAUCAAGGAGCUCGUCACAAAUAAGGCGUUCAUCAUCAUGUUCUUCUUCAUUGGCGGCGCCAUGGGAUACGUGUCGACUAUCUCGACCAAAAUUGAGCAGAUCCUUUGUUCCAGUGGCUAUUCUGAUCAGCUCUCGGGAGUGGCUGGAGCCCUUAUCCUUUUCAGCGGGUUCCUGUCAUCCUUUGUCUUUGGGAUUAUUGCCUACAAAACGAAGCAGCUAGUCCUCAUCUGCAGAAUUGCGAGCAUCAUUGGCAUCGUCGCCAUGAUCCUCAUAGCCUACUUCUUCCGCGUGCCGGACAACUCCAUUCCGAUUCUCAUUUCAUGCUCUCUCCUAGGAGCCGCAGCUCUUGGCGUGUACCCGUUGGGACUUGAAUUGGUGGUUGAGUGCACAUAUCCCAUCGAUCAGGCCACUGGGACAGCCUUUCUGUUCCUCUCCAGUGCUAUCCAAGGGGUUCUAUUGAUGCAAGUGGAGAACCUUGUGGGACAACCUCUCUCUGCCGAGAAGAUGAAAAUACAGUCCUGCGUGGCCAUGGAUGACGAAGGCCAUCAGCAGCCCAAAGACUAUGGGGCCUAUCUCAAUUUCAUCACCUGCUACAUGAUCUUCUUCGUCCUCUUGUUUGUCCUCUUCUUCCGCACCAAAAUGAAUCGAACCAAUGCCGAUUGGCAACAUCAUCACCGAGUGGAACCAAUGCCUUCUGUGGUUACCCAGACCUCUUUGAUAGCGGAUACUCCCGAUGACAGUUCAAUGGAAAGUGGAUCCCUUGCAAGUCAACACCGAGGGCCCUAAGGCAAUUGGCAAAUCACUACAAAGCUCAAUUGUCCAUGGAGUGCUCGCAAUACAUAAAGAGACAAAUAGUUUUAUUGUAAAAAUAAGAUGUUGACUACCAUCCUUCUUGGACGUAUUGCCAAAGAGAGACUGCAUCCAAACCUGUCAGAGGAUUUUUCUACACCAGUUGAAUCAAAUAUUUCUACCAUGUACUUCUGUUAAUAGUUCCGAAAAUACAUCACAUGAAUCAAUGCAUAAUACACA